GUUUAUCACCUCAGCACUCAGUCUAUAGUCUUGGCCGGCUGUCACUCCUGGAGAAGAGUUUAUACUGUGCAAGGCCGCGCGUCUUGUUCUGUACAUAUCACCUCAGCACCCAGUCUAUAGUCUUGGCCGGCUGUCACUCCUGGAGAAGAGUUUAUACUGUGCAAGGCCGCGCGUCUUGUUCUGUACAUAUCACCUCAGCACUCAGUCUAUCUGCUUUAAUCUGUAAGGAUAUACCGUCAUACGGACCAGCCUAACGGAACCAGAAUCAUGGAAGCAAUCUGGUUAUACCAAUUCCGUCUUAUCGUGAUCGGGGACUCCACAGUAGGGAAGUCAUGUCUGAUCCGGAGGUUCACAGAGGGCCGCUUUGCCCAGGUGUCCGACCCCACAGUGGGGGUGGAUUUUUUUUCACGACUGGUGGAAAUCGAACCAGGCAAACGGAUCAAGUUGCAGAUCUGGGACACAGCUGGCCAGGAAAGGUUCAGGUCCAUCACACGUGCCUACUACAGAAAUUCUGUUGGAGGUCUCCUACUAUUUGACAUCACCAACCGCCGCUCCUUCCAGAAUGUCCACGAAUGGUUGGAAGAAGCUAAAGCUCAUGUGCAGCCAUACCAGAUUGUUUUUGUCCUGGUGGGCCACAAAUGUGACCUAGACACACAACGGCAAGUGACAAGACACGAGGCUGAGAAACUGGCCACUGCCUAUGGCAUGAGAUAUAUAGAAACCUCAGCCCGAGAUGCCAUCAACGUUGAGAAAGCCUUCACUGAUCUGACUCGCGAUAUAUAUGAGCUUGUUAGAAAGGGAGAGAUAAAUAUCCAAGAAGGUUGGGAGGGGGUAAAAAGUGGCUUUGUCCCAAAUGUAGUGCACUCCUCUGAGGAGGUAGUUAAAUCAGACAGGCGGUGCCUUUGCUAAACAGUAGAAGUAAAUAAGAAGGUCGCCAUUGUGAACUACUAAAAUAACACAGCCGUAACCAAUCUGUGAGGUAAAGGGUUCCUUGAAAUUGCUGAUGGUACUAUAGAGCGAAGGGAGGUUGGACAGCGGAAGAAAAAAAAUAGUUUGUAAAAUCUGUAACACACAUCUCCAACUUAAGGAAGCUCUUACAUCUCUGGCAAGGGCCAAGUGUGCAUGUCUAUGUUUAGGAUGGGAUUCAUAAAUCAAUGAUACCAAGAAUUCAGAUACAUUCUAAUUCAUUUGAUAAAUUCUGUGUAGUUUAAUGUUGGUAGUUUUAUGCCGUGAGUUAAUACCACAGUGUAAUGGUCAUUAUAUAUAGUUAUAGAAAAAGCAACCCUUUUAUUUACCGUACUUUGGGAACAGACACACUGAAAAAGAUUUUUUAGCUUCUAUGGAAAAACCUGUAAUUCGCUGUGACCCCAAACCAGUUAGGUGGCCUUAAAGGGGUACUCCACUGGCCAGCGUCCGGAACAUUUAAUUCCAAACGCUGUGUGUGCGCGCUGCGGUGGUUGUCCACGCCCCCUCAAUGCAAGUCUAUAGGAGAGGGUGUGGCAGUUGUCACGCCCCCUCCCAUAGACUUACAUUGAGAGGGUGUGGUGUGACAUCACGAGGGGGCAUGGCCGACCGCAGCAGCAUGUCCACACAGCGUUCAAAACUAGAUGUUCCGAACACUGGCCAGUGAAGUAUCCCUUUAAGGCUCACGUCAUUCACAGGUAGAAAAUACUGCUAUGAUGCCAGCUGGAAUACCAGUCAUAUGAAGUCUGCUACCAAUUCACUAAGAAAGUGGUAAUUUCAAGAAAUCAUGUGGCUCGAUCCUCCUAGUAAAUUUGUAGCAGAUGGCUGCUCCUGUUUCGUAUAGGAAACAGGUCUCUUUAUAUAUGCACACUUGAGGUGCUUGCUUCAUACUAGCCCUGAAUAAAAUGUAGAUACUAAUGGAGAAUAUGUAACAUGUAAAAGAGUAUACUAAUAGAAAAAGUAAAACACUGAAGCUUUCACAAAUGGAACUUGAGAUUCUAUUGCAUUACUAUUAGGUAACAAUGUACUUUAAAUUGUAUUUAUUUGAGUUGUAAAUUGUUCUUAUUUUGUAGAUUAAAAUGUGUAAUCUGACCAAAUAUAAUAUUUUGCACUAUUCUAAAACAAAAAGUAAUAUAAGCAAUAGAUCAAAUUCCCAUUUACUUAUGUGGCAAUACAACCUAGAUGCAGAUUACAAGGUAAGAAGAUACAAGAGCAGGUUGAUGUUUUGGCCUUUUUCUCAUAAUGUCUGCUUAAAAUACCAUUACUGCCUUGAGACCAGGGAUUGUUUAUUAGUUUCACAUGUUUUAUUCCCCAAGAAAUAAUACAUAGGAAUAUAAAACAUUGACUGGUUCUUUAACUUAAGACCCUUUUACACAGGAAUUUUCAUCCAAAGUAUAACACAUAGUGUGGUAGUAUUUAUUGGUGUACAGUAUGGGGCACUGAGCUCCUCUUCAUGGUCUUAAAAGGUUGCCUAAGAUUUGAAGAACAUAACUACUUUCCUUCAAAGCGACACCAUUCCUAUGCCCGGAACUCCUUUGACAAGAAUAGUGGACAAGCAUGGUGCUAUUUUUGAAGUAAGCAGCCCUGUUUUUUUAUUCCUGGACAACCUUUUUAAGGAGCAUACAUAUUCUUAGGGUUCUGACGUAGGCUAAUGCCUAAUAAUAAUAUUGCAGAAGCUGGACAUGCUGAUGAAUGAUGGCUUGGGGAAAAUUCACCUUCCAAACAUUCUAAUACAUUUCUGCCAUGCGAGGUAUAGAGCCAGUUGAGUACUAAACGGUUGUAUGUGGCAAAAUUGAAAUCAAUACACUAGACGUCAUCUACAGUACACAUCAAUUAAUAUAAAUGCAACCACUGUACCCAUGUGAUAGUUGCUUGAUCCCCGUAAAACCCUAGGUUAUUUAUCAUUGUUGGCCGUAGUCCCUAAACUAUGUGUUCAAUAAUGAGAUUGGAAUCUAUCGCCACGUUUUGUUUUAAUUCAGAGAUCAGGGUUGCCAGUUUCUAAUGUUUACCAACAUAAAAGAUGUGUUGUAUGAAAUUUCGGGUAACCAACAUUUUUCUAAAGGAAAUCCAAAUGUCCAAAUAAGCUCUUUGGUUGCUUUAGACAUUCUGUUAUAAAAAUUCUAAUGUUGUCUUGUUUAAAUUUUGUAGAUUGAGAUGUGCUAUAUUAAAAAGUUAGGGUUAAUUCACACCACGAUUAUGCCAUACGGCUGCCGGCAGGAAAAUUUAGAAACCGGCUGCUGCCGUAUCCCUUCCGGACUCACUCUGCAUUCCAGUCAUUUGAAUAAGAUGACCGGAGUCAGCUACCGACUCCAGACGGUUCAUUUUUGAACCGUAUCAAUUUUAUUACCGGACUAAAGACAGCGGCAGACCACGCUUUUCAGUCUGGCAACAAAACCAUAUACGCUCCAAAAAUUAGCAGACUGGAGGCACUAGCUGACUUUGGUCAGCUCAUUCGAAUAAAUGGGAUAUGGCAGUGACUGGUUUUGAAAUCUCCCUGCCGGAUCCGGUGACCGUAUGCCCAAAUCGUAGUGUGAAUGUAGCCUUACACUUAUGGACCGGAUCAUCUGUAAUUUGACUGGUUCUUCAACUUAAGACCCUUUUACACAGCAAUGUUAAUUCCCAAGAAUAAUGUAAAAAUGCCAGCGAUCAGCUCAUGAAAAAGCAAACACUCAUUCGUCGGCCGAUCUUAUAUGUGGCCAAUAAAAUCCUCCUUAUCGGUUACACAGAGAUUGGUGCUCAUUUAUUGAAGCUAGUUGGACCAUCUAAAAGGGCCCUUAGACUGGUUUCACACCUGGACCCCACACCACUAAAUUCUACUGAGCUGACCUUAAGCUGGGCAUAUGCAGUCAGGUCAGCCAAACUCACCAUUUUUUGCAGAUUUGGACCGCCCAUCUAAUGUGUAUGAAGCCGACAGCAGAUGUCGUGUAUAGAAUGGAUGGCAUGUUAAAUUUCUCCACAUCCAGUCCCUUUGCUCUCAGAGGUGUUUGGCAGCAGCUUUUUUUUCUACCUCUCUAUUCAGAACACAGAGUGCAUGUAAGGAUGGAGAGACACUGCUGUAUGUAUGGCCAUAAGCCAGCUUUUCAUAGAAGCUUGUGGUGACCUAGGUUUUGUCCAGUAAAUGUGACAGGGUCCAAAUAAACAUGUUGAAAGGUGGGUGUGUUAACGCAACAUAAAAUGAAAUUGCUUUUCUCUCAUAUUAUGUCAGGGCUGAUUUUAUAGUUGAAGUAUAUGAAGUAUAGAAUGGAGCCAGCACAUCAGCAUUUCAUAGUUUGAGGGUUCAUUUUCAUAUCUGAGCUAUGUAUUCCCCUCAACUGUGACCAGAUCCUAAGGGGAUAAUAUUUGCAUCAAGAAUUAUUUUCCUUUUCGCUCUGUUGGGAUAAAAUCCUAUUUUGGAAGAGUAGUACAGAAAGAUACAGAGACUUCUGAUAUUGUCAUCUUUAAAGUGUUACUGUUUUGACAUGUCACAGAUAUGUCAAGAGUAUUGAUCAGCAAGAUUCUCAGAGCUGAGACCCCCACCAAUCACUAGAUAUAGCCAGUAGAAGUCACUUGUGAGUCUAUGAAGCCCACCUCCUGCAACAAGUCAGAUCAGGUGACGAACCAGGAAGAGAAAUGUGUCUCCCGGCUAUAUCUAGUGAUCGGUGGCGGAUCUUGUCACUGAAUCCUGGGCGAUCAAAAACUUUUACAUGUCUGUGACUUGCAAAAGUUUUAGAGACAUUAUUGCUUUGAAGGGGUAUUCCGCCCCUAGACAUCUUAUCCUUUGGAUAGGGGAUAAGAUGUCAGAGAUCUCUCCUGCAGCACCCCGUCAUCUGGUGCAAGCUCGCUCCGUGCCUGAUGACUGGUAAUGCAGGGGUUGGAGGAUUGUGAUGUCAUGGCCCCACCCCCUUAAUGCAGGUCUAUGGGACGCGGCUUGGUAGCUGUCAUGCCCCUCCCAUAGACCUGCAUUGAGCGGGCGGGGCGUGACAUCAUGAUCCUCCGGCCCCUGCAUCGCCAGCCAUCAGGCACGGAGCGAAGCUCACUCUGUGCACCGGAUAACAAGGGGUGAUGCAGGAGAGAUCGCGGGGGUUCCCAGUGGCAGAACCCCCACCAUCAGACAUCUUAUUGCCUAUCCUUUGAUGGCGGAAAAGAUGUCUAGGGGCAGAGUACCCCUUUAAGGGGUGGUGUAAGAUCCAAAAAACAUGGCUGCUUUGUUCUGUAAGCAGCACUGCACCUGUCCAUAGGUUGUGUGUGCUACUGCAGCUCAAAUGUAUUUGUUUUAAUAAAGCUAAAGUGCGAUACACGGCACAACCUGUAUAUCAAAUACUGUUGAACAUGGACAGGGUUUUUUAAGUAAAAGAAUGGGUUUGAGAAAAAAGAACAUGGGAAUACAACCCGAAUCAGUUUACAAGCAAUGUCAUAUUGAAAGUCUUCAGAUGUGGCGCACUAGUCGUUCAUGAAAGAAGGUUGCAUAGUGGGUGCCUGUGUAAAGGCAUGGUGAUAGAAUGAGGAGAACUGAAGCAGGACCUUUAGUGUAUGAGGCCAGCUGUGUUUAACUUUGAUGUUUUUAUUUUUGCAUAGACGCUACUUAUGGGUCAAGUAAUGAUGGUUGGGUAUGAAAAUAACAUUACUACAAGAUGAUGCCACCAAAUGGCUUCAACUGGCUCCCUGUGAAACUUAAAGGAGUUAUCCAGGAUUAGACAAACAAAGGUUAAAAUAUAUAUAUAUAUAUAUAUAUAUAUAUAUAUAUAUAAAAGCACCACCCCUGUACUCAGGUUAUGUGUAGUAUUGCAGCACAGUUCCAUUUAACCCUGUACAUGCCGUUUUUUGGAAGAAAUUAACUCUGUUUUUCUACUUCUGAACAACCCCUUUAACUCUUAACACAAUCUAUAGACAUCCACAAGUCCCCAGAAUGUGGUAACUGGUACUUUGGCAUGUGUGGCAUAGAUGCGAUAACCCGUAACAUUAAAUCAACAUUUAAGGCUUUUUUCAAUAUAGAUGUGUGAAGGAUCAUGUUUUGUGACGUAAACAGAAUUGGAUCGCAUAACAGAAAAGCCAGACUUUCUGCAACAAGGAAAUUGUAUUACAUGGCAACCAUGUAAGACAUAUACAGCCCGAACAUAAGGCCCCACUCACAGAGCUCUACUUCUAGGAGUAAUCCAAGCAGGAGAACCCACAGCAUGUCCAUUGCCCUAAUAGGACAUAUAGACAGGAGUUGUCCUAAAGACACAAACCACUUAAGUUUCAGAUCCAACGUGGUUUAACUUUCUGGAUUUCAUAAUAAAGUUCCAGUAAUAAAUACCUAAUAAAUGGCAAUGUAUACCAAGUCUACACAGUUUCUGAACAUGUUUUGUCCCUUUUAAUGGCAUCUCAUGAGAAGUAAAUUUAAGGAUUUCCAUUCUCUUAUUUUCUAUAAACAAUGUCCGCACAUUUCUAUAGAUAUUUAAAGAGCUUACAUUCUAAAAUAAGUCAAAUCUGCAUGUUGGUUUUGCGUUCCACAGAAUCUCCAGAAUAUAAAAAUGUACACUUCCUUGCUUUCUGUUUUGCACUGUAAAUGUGAACAUAUGCUAUCUAGCUGUAUGUGAAUGACAAAACAUGCUUGUACCUAGAACAAAUUACUGGUAAUAUGUGAACUGAUAAAAACUUCUAACAAGU